CCACUGCUCAUUCUAGCACAAGCUCUUGUACUAUUCCCACAGCCCCUCCAUUUUUUAUCUAUUAGUUGUCUUCCUGGUUCCUAGUUUUUCUUCCCGGCAAAACUGCUACCAGAGACGUUAAAGAGACCUGCUAAUAUUCCAUACUCCCUGUUACUUGGCAACCGCACGCCCCCCGCCCCUUCUAUCCUCAUAUAGCAAGCCAACCACAUCAUUUAAUAGCCCUAAUAUGCAGCCGAACGAUCAGUCGCCGCACUCAAAUAGCGCUGUGCUUAGCGGACCUGGCGACUUCAAGACAACGGCCGACCUUGCGCCCAGCGGCCAUAUGGGCGGUCCUCAGGCACCAUACAGCGUCGACUCGGAGCCGUCUGGCAAUGAGAAGCAGCAGAUCCACGAUGAGGGGGAGAGACGCGUAGAGAGGCCGAAGAGCAAGUUCGACAUCUUUGGCGGGAUCAAGUACGUCUGGCACACACACAAGUUCCUGUGCUGCCUUGCCAUCUGGCUCCUGAUUACUGCCUACUUCAUCGCUUCUGUGGCCCUGAAGAAGAAGACGCAGCUGUCCGACCUGCUGCCAUUCAUUCUCCUGUAUGCGUUCAUCUCGUUCAAGAUGCUGUUCGCCUUUGUCGAUACUGCCCUGGUCACCAAGCCCAUGAGCAAGAUCUACGAUUCUGCUGUGACCCAGCGGGUGUCCCGCAUUCCGGUCAAGUUCCUCUACAUGUUUGGCGGUGCUGUUCUGCUGGCUCUGAUCCUCGGCGUGUCGCUCGGCCUGCCCAACAGCGAGAACGGCAACCGUGGCUCCCGCAUGCAGUCGCUGCUGGGCAUUGCCGUCAUCACAGCCCUGCUGGUGCUCACGUCGCGCAACCCGCGCGAGAUCCAGUGGCGCACCGUCAUCGUCGGCUACCUGAUGCAGUUCUGCCUGGGCUGCAUCGUCGUCAAGACCAACUGGGGUAACGAUCUGUUCAACUGGAUCGCAACCCGCGCUGCCGACCUGCUGCACUUCUCGCAUUACGGCACUGAAUUCCUGCUCGGCGGCAAAAUCGCGAACAUCGAAGGCGUGUUUGCGAUCUCUGUGUUCCCAGCCAUCGUCUUCUUCGCUUCGUUUGUGCAGAUGAUCUACUACCUGGGAGGCAUGCAGUGGCUGCUGAAGCGCCUCGGCUGGUUCUUCCAAAAGUCCCUCGAUACCUCGGGCGCCGAGUCCAUCGUAGCUGCUGCCUCGCCGUUUAUCGGCCAAAGCGAGAACGUCCUGCUGGGAUACAUCGCGCUGGGCGUUGACCCUCGCAACAUUAUCACGGCCUGCAUCAUGUCUAUCCCGUGCUCGCUGGCCCUGAGCAAGAUCCGCUACCCUGAGACUGAGGAGUCGCUGACGCGUGGCAAGAUGGUCGAUCCGCCCAAGCGCACGGACGAGGCCAACAUCCUGCACGCUCUGGGCAAUGGCGCUGCUGUCGGCAUCAACCUGUCGCUGCUCAUUGCCGCCAACCUGAUUGCCAUCAUCUCGCUGGUCAACUUGGUCAACUUCUUCCUGACGUGGUUCGGCCAGUUCAUCACCAUCCACGAACUGACGCUCCAGCUGAUCCUCAGCUACCUGCUGUACCCCUACGCAUGGCUCCUGGGCGUGCCCAAGGUCGACAUCCUCAAGGUGUCGCAGCUGCUGGGUCUCAAGUUUAUCACCAACGAGUUUGUUGCGUACAUGAACCUGAACGCUAAAGAUCCGCUCACUGGCAAGAGCAUUGCUGAUACCCUGACCACCCGCGGCCACAUCAUUGCCGAGUUCUCGCUGUGCGGCUUCGGUAACCUUGGCAGUAUCGCCCAGCAGAUUGGUGCCCUUGGCAGUCUGGCGCCCUCGCGCAAGGCCGAUUUCUCGCGCCUGGCCCUCAGCGCGUGCAUCACCGGCAGCAUCGCCACCACCCUGACUGCUGCCAUCGUCUCGAUGGUUAUGUAAUCAAUAUUCAUUUAUUAUUUUCCAUUUUACAACAAGGCCAUUCGAGAGGACUGCAUGCACGUUGAUGUCUGCAGAGCUUCACAGA